AUGUCGGCUGACUCUCUUACCGAUGAUCACUCGCCGCGUUCUAAGGCAACCACCGAUACCAAUUCCGGCGACGGAGGCGGCGGCAUAAACAGCCAACAGUCACGAAGGGGUGGUCCCGCUUCGCAGUGGGCAUCCGUUGUUCGUGGAGAUUCCGAACCAAUCUCGUCUCCCACCGCCACCUUAGUGGCUGUCAAUAUUUGUCGUUCUUUAUUGUCGCCGCCGCCUAACGCCGCCGCCAGAGAGCAGUCGGCUUCUGAUAAGAGUUCAAUGGAGAAUUUUGGCCAGGAGACCCAACUCGAGAGCUCUGAUACUAACAACGGCGGCAAUGCUGCUGGCAGCCCGAAGAGGCCCGCUUGGAACAAGCCCAUAAACGGCGUGGUUGAUCCGGGGUCUGUUAUGGGUGGUGCCGUCUCCUGGCCUGCGCUCUCUGAAUCUAUUCGGCCUGGUCCGAGAUCAUCGGAUUCUUCGAGACCCUUUUCCAACGGAUCACCAUCUUCUUCUCAGAGACAAGCUAACAUUCAUGCUAAUGCAAAUGUUACUGCAAAUCAUACGAUGCCAACUGGACAAAGGCCAAUGGGAUAUCGAGGCCGAGGUGGUGGUGGUAUCUCUCCUAGGAAUGGACCAUCUCAAACUGGCUUUAGUUCCCCAUCUUCCCUAAUGCCACACCCUGUUCUGCCACCAUAUGCCCCAUUUGACAUGCCUUAUGCGGCUGUGGGACCACCUGUAAUGGAUACUUCUGGUAGAGGCAUGAGGCCAAUGGGAGGAGUCCGAGGUUCUCAAUCACAUAUCAGCAAUGACCAUUCUCCGCACAGGAAUAAUUCAAGAAGGGGUAAUUUUGGACAACGCGGCCGUGGAGAUGGGCCACAUUAUAACAAUCAUGGAGGCAGGCGAGAUCAAGAUCGUAGAGAUGGUCGUCUUCCCCAUCAAUAUAUUCGUCCACCCAUAGGGUUUUAUCCACACCCACCAUCCCCUGGCAAUGCCACGUUGAUUAGGCAUCCACCGGUGAGACCUUUUGCAGACCCUGUGGGUUCUGAUAUUGCAUCUCAAGUAAUCUACUAUCCAACACUGCAUCUGGAGCCCUUUAGGGCUAUGGCGCUUGUGCCUCCACCACUACCACCUCCUCUACCAACUAUGCUUUUUCCUGCAGUGAUGGAUACUCUCCCCACUUCGAUUAUUCAGCAAAUAGACUACUAUUUCAGUGAUGCUAAUCUGGAAAGGGAUUAUUUUUUGAGGGGAAAAAUGGAUGCGGAGGGAUGGGUGCCAAUUUCUUUAAUAGCUAGCUUCCCUCGAGUGCAGACAUUGACCCAAAAUAUUCAGCUGAUUUUGGAUUCUUUGAGAGCUUCAACAGUCGUGGAAGUUCAGGGUGACAAGAUAAGGAAGCGUUACGAGUGGAAGAAAUGGUUACUAACUUCUGAUCGUGUUAAUGCUGAUUCUGUCUCACAAGCAUCAGCUGAAAAGAUUAUGGCUACAUCCUUGCAGAAGAAAGUCUGCAUCUUAGUUAAGGGAAGACUGGAGAAGAGUACUUGUCUAUUCAAGAAUUUCGGAGCUUAUAUCGACCUUUUAUACAACUUAGACAAAUGGUUUGUUUUUGAACUAAUGAUGCACUAG